AUGCCUGGAACUCGGACCCAGCCAAUGUCUCAGGAAGAAUUGGUGGACACUGAGAAGGGACCAAGUGGACUGCAGCUUCUGUCGCCAUCGCUGCAGCAGUCGAUUCAACGUCCGACAAGAAGAACUGCGUCGUCCGACUCGGUGGCGGAUUUCGGGUGGAGCUCGACACCCACUGCGAGCCACGACGCACGUUUGGACUGCUGCGAGGCCUUUGACGUGGACACUUUUCUGCGCGACUGCAUUGACGUGCACGCCACGUGUCCGAACGGUACUUCCGACGCAGCACGUGGCUUUGACUUUAGCAGCUUCACGACCGCCUCUGUGCGACGGCAAAUGGAAAACAGCGAGCGCCGAGACGAGGCUGUGCAGACGCCAUCGAGUGGCUGGGGCUCUCGUGGGUCGCGAUACAGCACUGUCGAUCAUAUUGACCCGUUCACUACUGCUACUACUACUACUACUACUACUACUACUGCAAGUACUGCAACUGCUACUGCUGCUAUGAAGAAAAACAAUCGCCACGUUGACUACAGUCUGUCGUAUUACAACGACGACAGGGCAAAGCUCAAUCCCCUGAGCUGCAGCAUGGGCAGUGCACGGACAAUUAGCGCGAGCAAAGAGUUCGACCGCCAGCGACCCCACUCGUUCGACAAGAAAGCGCUGCGACGGACAAGUGUCGCUGCGCGUCCGCCACCUUUGGACUGUGUGUAUCGCGGCACUUUUCACCUGAGCUCUACGGCGGCCUCGUCGGGGUUCCCACUGGCAAAGAAGAAGGAGGUGACUGCUGUGGUUCAGUGUGGCUGGCUCGAGAAGCGCAAAGGACUGGUGCUCAAGCGGUGGAAACCGUUCUACUGUCUCUUCAAGAGCGACGACAGCUUGUGCCUUUAUGCGAGCGAAGACACAGUGAACGGUCGACUCGAGCAGCGGUACCAGGUCCUGCGCGUGACGCUCACGGACAAGAACGACUCGUUCCACAUCAUCGGCGUCGACUCGGAAGGUGCGCCCCGACGCGAGGAACUUCGAGCUCUCGUGCCUCGGGAAUGGGCGCGUUGGUUCCAAGUGCUGUGCAAGUUCCUCGACAGUUCGUCGAUGGAGCACUCGGUGGCGUGCAAACCUGAGCUCACGGUCACGAGGACGUUCGACGAGACGGAAGAGGGGGACUGGAGCGGCGGCAGUGAGAGCAACAGCAGUGGCUACAGGCCAACGCAACGACACGCGCAGGCUAAUGCCUACCGCGGCCCUUGCAGCCAGAGGAAGCAGCCUGCUGCGGCGGUCUACGAGUCGUUUGACGGACACGGAGACGACAAGAUGUCAAUGUACUCGUCAGUCUCUGGAUCGUCGUCAACGCCGAGCAUGAGCGCCAGCAGUCGAGUGAGUCAGGACACAGCUUUGUCCUCACAGGCCAAGUCGAGCUGCGUAAAGAUGUUUGACUGCCCCAUGAUUGAGCUCCGAGGUCAGGGCGUUGUGCCGAUGCUGGGAAGCAGUCGCGCGUCCGAUUCAAAGCGCACAGGCGCACGACCGACCGCCUCGCCAGACUUCUCCAGGACGAGAUAG